UGUGUGGAGCGGUUGUCCGCUCCGAAGCGAAACGCGCGAACUUAUUACGUGAAAUGGUUGCUGUGGGCAUUGACCUAGGAACUACAUAUACGUGUGUGGCUGUGUGGCGUCAUGGAAACGUGGAAGUGAUUGCUAACGAAGAAGGAAACCGUACAACCCCUUCGUAUGUGGCUUUUACGAGAUCGCAGCGCCUCAUCGGCGAGCCGGCGAAGAAUCAAGCACCGUCUAACCCGUGGAACACGGUUUUCGCCGCGAAAAGGCUGAUCGGGCGCAGGUACGAUGACAUCGGGGUCCAAUUGGACUUGCGACACUGGCCGUUCGCUGUCGUCAACGAUAACGGUAAGCCAAAAAUUGAGGUUGAGUUUAAGGGGGAAAAGAAGAGUUUCGCGCCCGAGGAAAUUAGUGCUAUGUUACUUUUUAGGAUGAAGCAAGUGGCUGAAGCGUAUUUGGGUACGAAGGUGGACGAUGCAGUGGUGACUGUUCCCGCGUAUUUCAACGACUCUCAGCGGCAGGCGACGAGGACGGCGGGGGCUAUUGCAGGUCUCAACAUCCUGCGCAUCAUCAAUGAGCCAACAGCGGCGGCACUCGCUUACGGGAUUGACCGCACCUUCAAGGCGGACAAAAACAUCUUGAUCUACGACUUAGGCGGCGGCACUUUCGACGUUACAGUGCUAUCUAUCGGCGAAGGAUCAGUCUACGAGGUUAAAGCUACAGCAGGCAACACUCGGCUCGGUGGCGAAGAUUUCGAUAAUAGACUCGUCGCAUACUUCGCUGAAGACUUCAGGAAGAAAUACGGAGAGGAUAUAUCGAAAAACGCCAAGGCCCUGAGAAGAUUGAAAGCUUCAUCGGAACGCGCCAAGAGAUUCCUAACUUCCGCUUCAGAGGCUACGGUUGAAAUUGAAUCGCUUUACAACGGAAUUGAUUAUUACGGUAGAGUGUCGAGAGCUAUGUUCGAGGAGUUAUGUUCUGAUUUGUUUCGAGACACGUUUACUCCAGUGGGAGAGGCUCUAACUGACGCGAGAAUGAGGAGAGAGGACAUCCAUGAAAUUAUACUAGUUGGUGGAAGCACGAGAAUACCAAAGAUCCAAAGCAUGUUAUUAGAAUAUUUCCAUAGACCAUUGACAACUUCUAUAAACCCCGACGAGGCAGUGGCUUACGGGGCAGCGAUACAAGCGGCCAUUUUGAGUGGGGAACACCAUGAGAAGAUACAGGAUCUCUUGUUAGUUGAUGUGGUGCCGUUAUCAUUAGGCGUGGAAACAGCUAGAGGGGUGAUGUUCAAAGUUAUAGAGAAAAACACAGCCAUACCGUGCCGACAGACCAAAGACUUGACCACAUUGGAAGACAACCAAAGAGCCAUGACCAUUGAGAUUUUCGAGGGUGAACGCUCGUUGACGAAAGACAACAAUCUGCUUGGGAGCUUUGACUUGAAGAACAUACCGCCAGCGCCGAGAGGUGUUCCAAAGAUAGAUGUAACUUUCGAUGUUGAUGCCAAUGGGAUUCUCAGCGUGUCAGCCCAGGACCGAAGCACGGGGAACAUUGAAGGAGUUACAAUAAGCAAUGAGCACAGACUGAACCAGCAGGAAAUAACCAAAAUGAUGGCGGACGCUGAACGUUUCAAAGAAGAAGACAGAGAGAACAAAUGCCGUUUGGAAGCUAGAAAUCAACUAGAAACGUAUGUGUACAAUACUAAGCAAACUAUACACGAGAACCGUGAUAAACUUACGGAAGAAGAGAAGAAUUUUAUGGAAAAUGAGUGUCAGGACGCUAUAGUCUGGCUUGACGGGAAUAUUGACAAUUCCAAAGAGGAGUUUGAAGGUAAAAUGACAGAGCUCAUGCGACGUUGGUCGAAGAUUCUUUCGAAGUUUUAUAAUUUGCUAAACAGGGUUAAGAGGCAAAGAGGCGAUUCAUACCAGCAAGGGGAGAUAAGUGAACAAGAUAGAGCCACUAUUGAAGAAUUGGAGCAAGGUCUGGUACAUGAGCUCGAGUUAGCGCUAAAUAACCCUUCAAGUUCCUACGAAGGAUGAGUUUAGUGUGGGUACUGGCGUAGGCGCAGCAAAAGGUGCACUUCAAACGGCGUCCGGAUUAACUGGUAGUCUUUAAAAACCGAAAAACCGAUGUCCAAAAACGAAGCCCUCGAAGAUAAAACUCCAUUUAUUAAAAAAAUCCAUUUAAUUAAUUUAAUACAAUGUUUGAAAUCCUUUUGUAAGUAAGUACUUACAUUUGAAAUUACUUUCAUCUUGAAAUAAAUACUGUAAAACAAAA